ACAAAUAUAUUUAUACAUACACAUAACAUAGAUAAUGACUAGGCCAGAAACCAUAGUUCCAGAAGAACCUAUUUCACCCUUUCCAAUAACUCAAGAAUCUAGAAUUAUUAGUGGAUUUGGUAGAGGAUCAUCAGAACUUGGUAUUCCUACUGCUAAUAUUCCUAUAAAUAAAGAAUUAAAUGAUCUUGAUACUGGUAUAUAUUAUGGAUGGUGUAAACUUCUUCCUCAUUCUCAAGAAGAGGAUGAACUUUUCAUACGUCAAAAUGGUAAACAAGUUAAAGUGAAUCAUGGACGUACUCUAUGUAAAGAAGAAUUAACAGCUUUACCAAUGGUAAUGUCAAUUGGGUGGAAUCCAUUUUAUCAUAACAAAGAAAAAGCAGCUGAAGUUCAUAUUAUUCAUAAAUUUGAUACUGAUUUUUAUGGAGCUUCAGUUAAAUAUAAUGUAUUAGGCUAUAUAAGACCAGAAUUAAAUUAUACUACCAAAGAAGCUUUAAUAGAUGAUAUUAAUCUUGAUAUUAAAAUAGCUAAAGAGAUUUUAGAAACAAAAGAUAAUUACAGUCAAUUUAAAUAUAAAUUAUAAAUAAUAAUAAUUCCCUCUAUGGAUCUUGUUAAUAGCCCACUUAAAUAGUACAUAUUAUUUAUUCACUUUAAUUUUUUAUUUUUUAAUUAGUUCACAUAGUCAUAGAUUUAAAAUUUGUAUUAGAAUUAUUAGAAAUGAACUUAUUUGUAAUAUGUAAUAAUUUUAAACUAUAUCACUACUAGAAAAGAUUAGAGCUGAAGGUUAGAAAUUACAUAUGGCAAAAAUUCCUAUUACACAUUCCUUAGGUAUGGUGUGUGCAGGAAUGCUUAUUUGGGCAUAUACGGAAUGAUCCUGAAAUUGCUCUGAUAAUGAAAACUAAACAAAGAUUAU